AUGUUCACCUCUAGGCAGCCAUUUCUACAGCGCGCCCUACCUGCUGUCAGAACUUCGCGUAUACCUAUCAAAUCACGACCUUUCCAACGCAGCUUCACCUCCACAAAUACCAACCUUCAAACGCAACCUGCCUCCCAGCCAAGUCCUCAUGGCAACUUCUACCGCUCGCAUGGCCGUGCGCUGUUCAAGAGCCUAACGCUAGCAUUCUUCAGCUAUCAGGUCUUUUACUGGGCAUGGAUUACACUUGAGGCGGAAACCACAAAGGACGAGAAGAGGAAAAUCAUUACUGGUUUGGAAGAGGAGGUGAAAUUGUUGGCAAGUGGUAAGGGGAGCCAUGUGUUGAAGACGGGGGAGGGAGAAGGGAGUGGGAAGAGGUUGUUGGAGGAGGAGAAGACGUGA